GUUGCGGCAUUAUCAGUAUCAAGCGAUUUGGCAGAGGGCUUAGAUGUGCAAAGUAGAUGUUAAUAAUUUUGCUUGGAAUUAUUCAAUAAUUAAUUGCAUUAACACAAAUAUAUUAUUAACUCAAAAACGUUGAACCGCAAAACAAAAACAAAAAUAAAGGUGACUACAUAUACUAUUCUAAAAGUAUAUAAUUUGGAAUUAUUCAAGCUGUUAAUGCAUUUGUUCGGCGCAAUUUGACAUGAUUUCUAGUGGCUUCACAAUUAUUAAAGAAACGACAUUACUACAGUGCAACUAAAAAAUUUGUAUACACUGCUAAAUCAAUGAAAUGAUAUUUCACUGAAUCGACAUUUGUAGUUGGACAUUAACCGUUGUGUACAAAUUAAGUGGACAGCCUGCAAAUACUUAUUUUUCUGCACUUCUAACAACAGUUUUGUUAAUAUGACUACAUUGGCCACAUUAUCCAACCCAGCCGGUAAUGAUUCUGCCAAUACUGUAGGAGGUAGUUCAUCAACAGCAGGGGCUGGGAACAACAACAAUGUUGAGCGACGAUGUGAAAAUGCUGACUGUAAUGUUAUUAAGCUGGUGUCAAUGGUGCCGAAACGCAAAAUUACACAAUUUGUAACAGAGCCUUCUGUUAUGGAGAAACCCAUGCUUAUAAAUGGUUUUACAACUGUUUUUCAAGUGGAAGGAAGUUCUGCAAAAUUAAGUGAUUUGAAAAAUCCCAAUCCAACCGCAUCACCCCAACCGAAAAGUAUUUUUCGUAUCGUACCAAAUACACAUGCUCACAUAGUGAAUUAUGUUGUCGUCGAUGCUGAUGGCGAUUCUUUGCGUAAAAUCAACGAGGGUGAUCCGGCUACAAUGCGAAAAUUGCUUGAGUCGCAAAAGGUGAGUGCCGAUCAAAUGUUGAAGAAGCUUAUGGCAGGUCAUGGUCCUAGCGUUCCUAUUGUCUGUAGCGCUUCGCCUGCGUCAACAAGCGUGAACUCGGUAUCUUCUGCGACAUCGUCAAACGCACGUAGUGUGGUAACUGCGAACACAUUUUCGACAACUGCAACAACUACGACCAGUAACGCAACAAAUGCAAAUAUUCGAACAAAUGUUACACCAGUUACAGGAAAUACUGCACCCAAUGGCCCUGCAAAGUCAUCAGCCAUACAAUUACCUAUGCGAAUGCAUCCAAACUUGAAGAUAACUGCUGUGGUAAGUAGAGACACAAUUGGACAAUUGGUAGAACCAAAUACUGGUACACAGCAGUCUAUACAAGUGGCUUCAUCAGCUGUUCCACCUACUGUUCCAUUAAUCACGCCCAUACCAUUGGCGAAUUUGCAGAGUUCGCCUGCUCCUUCUAUUUCUACACAACCAGCGGAUAAAUCAAAUAUUGAUAAAAUGCAAGCAGAACUUGCGGAAUUGCGUCGCACUGUUGCUAUGUUGGCCGAGGCUAUGCCCAUGAAUCCUCAAGCUCAGAAAGCACUCCAACAAACAACUCAACAACGUGGUGUUGCCGUGAAAAGGCAGCGCAUAAAUUAAGGGGUUAGAUGUAAUCAGUAAUAUAUUUUCUUUUAUAAAAGUAUAAACACAUAGCACCAAAAUUUGUUUCAUAAAUGCUUGCUAUCACUACCUAGCAAAGUUUAUACUGGAAAAGCGGUUAUUAAUACAAAAAUUAGCAGAAGAAAGGACUUGUUGAGAGCGAAAAAAGCUACUAGCCGAAAAGAGAGUUAUACAUCAUAAUUUAUAAAAUUGUGUCCUUUUUUUCCUGAUUUUCAGAAAACCAGCUCUUACACUUAAAUUUCUUUUUUAACACGAUUUUGGUUUAAUACGGUCUGAAAAUAAAACAAUUUUUAAUUUUCUACAAGAUUUUAUUUCAUUUAGCACAAUUGAAAUUUUCUUGGCCAUAAAUUUUAUUUGUCAGAUUUACAUAUCACAAAUUAAGAGGAAUCCUCUUUUUGUGGAUACAGUACUGGUAAUUGUAAAUAGCACAAAAUGAUCAAUGUUUUUUACACGGUGUUUUAAGUAAAAACAAAAUUAGGUGUAUAAAAAAAUCGGAAUUAAACAAGAAAUCCCCCGAUAAGGCUCUAGUUUUUCGUGUAUAAUUGUAUAAAUUGUAUUGAUAUCUACUGAGCGGUUUUCGUGUUAUAGUGGUCACAAGUUUUGAAAAAACUCACUUGAAGUUUUACCGUUUACUAAUUAUGGAAUAAUUCAAAAAGCUUUUGUCGAAUUUACCUAUAAUUUUCUAAGAAUAUUUAAAAAUAAAAAAAAAUCGAUUUUAUUUUGAAAAUUCUGACCGCCUUUAUCCUCUUAAUUAUAUUAAUUAUGAAAUGUUUUUUAAGAUUAUGCUUAAUUUAUAGUUCAUUGCUAUGAAGCUAUUAGAAGUCAAGAUAGUAUUUUAGAAUAAAAAAGUUGCAGAAUAUAA